CUGCAGGCAUGCCAUAAUCAGCGAAGCGAGAAGUUUGAGGCCAUUCAAUCUCGUGUCCCGUUUCUGGCCUGUGCUCAGCCAGCUCCGAUUUGUGAACGAAACAGCCUUUGCAGGCGCUUUUGUGCUCAGCCACCCUUUGUCGAAUGGGACGACAAGUCGCUCCAGCAUAAAAGCGAUCAUAUGAACACAUUAUUUUGUAGCAACCCAAUCUGCAAAAUGGGUUAG